GCAGGUGGUAGACUUGAGUCAGCACCAUAGACCGUUAAUAUUAAUAUACAGUCUAUGGUCAGCACACUGGUCUCCCAGCAACACGGUGUAAACAACGAGCAUGAGCGAGAGUUGACGAGAAAUGAAUGAAACACUGGUUUGACCCUGGUCAUUGUUGAGCUAGCGUUAAGUGCAUCCUGGAAGCAAACCCCCGAGGCUAAACUACAGAGGUGACAGACAGCUGAUGGUUGCUGGCUAGCCAAUGGGGCUGUUUGACAGGUUAGCAGGAUGGCUGGGAUUGAAGAAGGAGGUGAAUGUGCUGUGUCUUGGUCUGGACAACAGUGGAAAAACCACCAUCAUCAACCAACUCAAGCCCUCUAAUGCCCAGGCACAAGACAUCGUCCCAACCAUUGGCUUCAACAUAGAGAAGUUUAAGACAUCCAGUCUUUCCUUCACAGUGUUUGACAUGUCUGGUCAAGGCAGAUACAGAAACCUUUGGGAACACUACUACAAGGAAGGCCAGGCUAUCAUAUUUGUCAUUGAUAGUGCAGACAAACUGAGGAUGGUAGUAGCCAAAGAAGAACUGGACACAUUACUAAACCAUUCUGAUAUUAAACACAGGAGGAUCCCCAUUCUUUUCUUUGCUAACAAGAUGGAUGUCAGGGAUGCUCUGUCUUCUGUCAAGGUCUCACAGCUGCUCUGUUUGGAGAACAUCAAAGACAAACCCUGGCACAUCUGUGCCACAGAUGCUCUGAAAGGAGAAGGUUUACAGGAGGGAGUCGACUGGUUACAAGAUCAAAUCAAAACAAUGAGAACGUGAGGGCAUGAGGAUGGAAGCGCCAGAAGUAGCAGCAUUUGUGGAACUCUUUUACGAAAGAUGAGUUGAGCGAGUUUUCAGAGGAUAGUGAUGUUUUCAUUCAGGUAUUUAAAUGGUCAUUGUCUGCUUGUUGAUUCGUUGGAAAAAUUUGUAAAUGAUAAGAUUUUUCAGGAACCAGUAUACAUAAGAGAAAUGCAUCUGACACAAAAUUGGCAACUGUUACACAUUUAUUUUGGUUUGGUGUUAUGAGUUUAAAGCUAUGGUGCGUAGUUUCUGUCUCCCCCAUGAGGAAUUCUAAGUAUUGACAACAACACUGUUGGCGCAUCCACAUGAUACAAGUCUUCUGUGAUCACGCACGCGCCCCCACCCCUCCUCCACUCUUGCUAGUAGCCACAGAGGACACGGAGGAUUAAAAAAACAUGAUGGACUCUUCAGAAGAGAUCUUUAUCUUCACUGGAGCUUCUGCAUGUGAAAGUUACCAAACACCUCACUCUAGUAAACACAGCCAUACUGAGAAAUACAGAGAGAGUUAUGGAGCUGAUAGUUUUAAUUAGCUUUGUAGUCAUUUGGCAAUUACUUGAAUGUAAUGGACGUUCAUUUAUAUAAAUAAGUUACGCACUAAAGCUUUAAACUGAUAAAUACAGCUGUCUGAAAUUAUGGAAGAUUCUAUUUUCCACUGCACGCUUACAGGAGGGGAAACUGCUUGAGAGCAGGUGACAGUCUUUGUCAAGUCUCCAUGCAUCAGAUAUAAUUCUAAAUAUAUCUUGGCAGUAAUGUGCUAAUAAACGACCGGUAAGGAUGGUCCUUAAAAAAUUGUUUCAACCUCUGAAAUAGGCCAAAUGCAUCUCUCAGGGCCUCUGUAGAUACAUUAUUAUUUGUGUUUUAAGCAUUCCAACAGUUAAUUGAUUUACUUCAGCAAUCUUUCAUGCAUUCCACUGCACAUCACUUUUUUUAAACUUGUAUAGGCCAUCUUACCAUCACAAUACUUAGUCACUUGCUUCAGCUAAUAUUUCAUGCAGCUCUGCUCAUGUUAAUCUUGCUCCUUUUUUGAGUAGCAAUGGAAAUAUAUUUUGCUUAUUGAAGAUGAAAUGUUUUCCAGGGCCCAGUAGAUUUAGUUGUAUACAUUGAUACUUAUGUCAAAGUCUACAUUCAUCAUUAACAUAGGUGUAACAAAUGAUUGUCACAAAGUGAAUGUCAAGGUCAUUAGUUUGCAUAAAACUCAAAGAUUUGUCUUUACAAAUCUUUUUUUUUCUUUUUUAAAUCUUUGCCUUAUUUCAUUGCUCAAAGGGGAAAAAGGUGUAAUCAAACAAACUGCAUCAUAUCAUUUACUUAUCGUGCUUCGGUGAUUCAAAGGCAGACUACUGAAAAGAAAAUUCAUCCAGCCGGUCAGUUUUUAAUGCAAGCCUUUGAUCAUCUUCUUUAGUCUGUGACUGAGAAGCUUGCAUCAAAAACAAUUUCUGUACAGAUCAGACUUCAGGGUUGCUUUUUAGUUUUUGUGCAUCACCUAGAUAAAGCUGUAUAGCAAGUAAUAACCGUGUUUUUUAUUUUAUAUACUUUUUAUUUUAAUAAAGGUCUCAUCUGUUGACUGUUAAUUUUCUAUACCACAAAUAUCAUACAUUUUGGAAACUACAAAAAGGCCUUGUGACACUCCUUGGUACAAUCAGUAAAGAUCACUGAUGGGGGUUCUUACAGUCCUGUUCCCUUCCAGGGUUGUACCUUACGGCACUGUUUGGUUUACAUUAAGACAGGAUUUUGUUCGUGGUUUAAAAUAUUAAGUGUAGAGUGCAUUACUAGACUGUAUGAGGAGGAUUGGACAAAACAAUUCUUUCUUCUAUUACUUUUUGUGAAUUUAGUUCUUUAAGUUGUGAAAUAAUUAAAAGUCAGUGCUUGGUUAGUUAGACCAUCUCAACACAUUUACAACCACCAUGUAUUUUAUGUUAGUUUAAAGACAAGAAACACAAGCCACAAAUUCAGCUUUGUACUGCAGAGUUUCCGUUGCAAGGAGACAUUUCCAGUUGAAGUGUGUUGCUUUCAGCCCACUCAUAUGAGUGUCCCUGUUUAGACCACUGGAGGACGCCCCGGUACAAAACAUUCAAAUUAUUCUCAUAGUGGCUAUAAGGACACCAUAUUGAUUUUGUAAUAUAUUGUCUGUUUCUAACGAAGACAUUUCAGAGUGAUGAUUUACUGGGACAAGUUUCAUAUCUUUCGGCCACCUUACUUUAUAUUUUUCAAACAAAGCAAGGGGUCCUUGUGAGAUCAUGUUCUAAUCAUGAUCUAUUUCAAAACAAAGACCCUCUGAGCACAAGUUCACUUUAGCAUCAGAGACGUAAUAUAGAUAGAUAUCAAAUGAGCUCUAUGUAUGUUGUUUAUUACAUUGUAUCUGUAUAUUUUUAAAGAAUAAAUGCUGUGAAAAAUGAA